AUGCCUCCAGUCCCCAUAAACAACGACCUUGAAGUAGCUGAGCAAUUAGCUCUCAGCGAUCAAGAUGUUCAGCUUCUCUACCAAAUCGUCACGCGCGCUGAGCUGUAUCCCGAUGUCGAAACGCAUACCUUUCGAGCGCUCUUCCGAGAAUAUCAUACCGUUUUAUCCGAGAAUAAUAUCGAACCAGAGACAGACCAGAUAUGCCUCCGUUUUCUCUUCCUGCUGGGCAAGCAUCGGCGCGGGGAUACGCUCUAUACCCGGUUCGAAUCGCUGCUCCUACAGAUGGGUAUCCAGCUCCUUACCGAUCCAACGACGAAUGCAAAUGGAUUAUCAUAUAUGGAAUUAGAGAACAGAACGGAGGCGAAUGAUACUCGCGAACUACCCGUCAGACCAAAUGGCACGGGAAUCAAUCGGAGAAGGCAGAGGAGAGCUUCUUUCAAUUCGAUUUACGAUGCGCCUACAGACACGACGCACUGGAGUAUUCCUAGGCCACCGUCUAGAUCAUCACUCUCGAGAUUGGAUAUAGAUAAUAGCAAUAUAGCUGCUGUCCGGCCUAAAAGGAGGGCAUCUUUUAGCGGAGUGGAUGACAGAGGCUCUUUGUUACUGGAAUUCGAACCGGAACUUCAUAGACCUCGUGGCUCCAAUGACAGGUAUCCAUCAGACUACAAUAAUGUAUUUCCGCUUGAGCUAGACCUCAGACUUCCAGGCCUUCAACAGCAACAAAUGGCGGCUUACGACGAUGGGUUCGCAACUGAUUCUGAUCAAUUUGAGUACCAAUCCCCUCAGCUUAAAGUGCCACCAGAACUGUUCUACCAGCCAUCUCUUUCAAACCUACUUAUGGAUGCCUCGAUAUUCAAUUCUUACCGCGAAAGGAAGAUAGCCCGCCAUUUGCUUGUAUCUUGGCAUGAGCAAGCAAGGCGAAGACAACAAGCUGUUCAGGCCAUGUAUCGAGUCGCCAUCAAUCGAGAUAGAGCCACUUUACUUCGCCAGGGAUUAGAAGAGUGGCGACUUGCCUGUGAAGAGAAACAGCUUGAAGCUAGAACAGAUCGAUUUUUCAAACAUCUCGAAGCGCGUGCUGUCCGGGCUCGAAAUUUAUAUCUAUUAACCAAGGCAUUUACUCACUGGGCGCAGGUGGCUUCUGAUGAAAUUGAGAGAACCAACGCUGCGCGAAAACGUAUCAUUGGGAUAAAGUACUUAAAUGCAUGGAAGGAAAUCACGGCAGUGACAGAACUGAAGAUCCAGCGCCUCACUCUGAAAAUGCCUUUUGGCUUCUGGACUUCCAAGAUCAAACAAUUGCAAUUGAAUGAGACUCGAGCUUCCGAGUUCUAUCGGGACCAUUUAAUCAGACGCAUGUAUUGGCAUUGGUAUUGGUCGUUUUGCUACAACAGGGCACCUCAACGGGCUGAUCACCGUUUAAAACAACGAUCACUAAUCUCUUGGCUGCGUGCCUUCAGAACCCAUGGAGAACAAGAUGCUGAAAUAGAUUCAAAACGCAAGCAAAUGCUGUUGCGUUCAGUGUUGGAUAAAUGGUCGCAGAGGACGCGCUCCAUUACAACUUCUCAACAAACCGCACAUAGCUGGCAUUUGGAACGAGUGGUGAGGUUUAAUUUCACAGAAUGGCGUGUUCAGCACCGACUUGGGGCUGUAACUACUCGAGUCAGCCAAGUGAUAAACAAUAGACUCGUACGCUCUGCAUUCUCUACUUGGUCGUAUCAAGCCUAUAUGCAACGACUUGCACACGAUAUGAAUUACCAGAGGCUCAUACGGAAUGCCUGGACGACUUGGAACGACAAAUUGCGGUGUCGCGCUCUAAGUAUGCGGGCUGACGCGCGUGUUGUUAUGCAAUCUUUGUAUAAAUGGGUUCUCAUUGAACGAUUGCACUUUAUGGUGCGGAUUAGAGAGCGACGGCUGAAGAGCACCGCGUUGACGACGCUACUCAAUAAUUCUAGUGUUCUAUAUACUCAGCUUUUGCGUAGUGAGGAAGAAUUCCGCAUUCACAGAAAGAAGGAGAUUUCUUGCAACAUACUUCAUAUCUGGCGGAAGAAACUAUUUAUACAGCGCCAAAGAGAGCACGUAGCGUUGACCUUUUAUGCGCCUCGUGUUGAACAAGAAGCAUUAGAGCAUUGGAAGAAUCGCAAGGACCACCAUGCGAAGUUGGAAACUUGGGCGAAAAAUGCUCGCUAUUUCUUCCUAAUGACUAAAACGCUCAAACAGUGGCGGGCGGUUGCGCAACAAGCUUCUAAGAAACGGAAGCAGGACGCUUAUGUGACGGUUCGGCGGAAACUAAAGGUCAAUUUGGUCUGUGACGCGCUGGCAACAUGGCGAUCUCGCCUUAUUUCAGUCUCGGAUAUGGAACAGCGAGCAAUGGAGACGUAUCAACGAAAGCUUUUCGAAAAGGCAAUCCAUUUGUUCGACCAGUGGCGCUCAUCGACUGUUAGCCGUUUGAAACAAGUAGAAGAUGCGGAUGUUUAUUACAAUCGUCAAUUAACUUACAAUAAUCUGGGCAGCUGGGUAGGAUCCUCCAGAUUAUACCAAACCCAGGAAGAAAAAGCAGCUCGAUUUUUAGAGUUACAUGUCUCCGCUGUAGCGCUUGUGCAGCUCAAAAAGCUCAGUCUGCGAGUAUUCCAAGUCAAAACAGAUUAUGAGAAGGCUGACGCGGCGAAUGACCGUAUUCUGCGAAAACACCUACGAAACAUGCUGUUUCACUGGACUCAGAGAUCACGGACGUUGCGCACGACCAAAGAAGAUGUAGAGCAUAUCACUACCCCUGGGUCACGCUACGAUGCCCAAUUCUUCGAUGAAAACGAGCAAUGGGAGAACCCCGAAUCGACGCUUCGAAUCAGCGAUCUGGGCGUGGAACACGAUCCUGUGUCGCACACACCAGUGCCAACGCCAGGAUAUCUAACCAGCCCAUCAAAAAGAGCAGCGCGAGCGCGAUCUCUAUAUCAGAUAUCCACCACACCAGCGACACCCGCUAUAACGCCAUUUGCUGUUAGAUUGAUGGCUGCCAGGGAUCCUCCUCGCUCUCUACCAGGACGAAGAACUCUAUACGCCAAAAGCCCGUUAGCAACGAGUGUUCGCUUUGCCAUCGAAGAAGAGUCAGAGCCAGAAUCACCAACAGAUGGCCGGUCGACUAACCGCAACCUAGGUUGA